AAACGGCCACGUUAAGGAGAGGGCUUUACCCUCCAGCCUUUGCAAAAACACGUAGAUCUACACUUCAAUACAGCCAAAAUUCACUUUCAAAAGAAAUUACACUCUUACACUCUUAUAAAAAAAAUAAUGUAAGAAAUUGUACGUUUCAGUUCCGAGGUGGCGAAUUUUUUUACGAAGUCUAACUAAAAACAAUAUUAAUCUGACAUCUAUUGACGAUAUGACUCGCAGAACUAGAGUGAUGCCAGGGUGUCAAGUUUUCCUGAUAUUUGCCUUUUUCCUUUCGGUGGAUAUCAGUCUUUGUGAUGUUGUAAUAGGUGUGGGUCCAUGUCCGACCCCGGACCCUAAGCAAGAUUUUAACAGGACAGAGUUUCUGGGAGACUGGUAUGAGUAUGAAAGAUUCCCUAACAAGGCUGAGAAACACCUGGUAUGUGUUGGAAACGCCUUCACCGACACAGGCGACGAAAAAAUGCAUUUGAUUCAGUCUGCAAUGCGGGAGGUUAGAGAGUUUGGAGAGGUUGUUUUCCGGUACCCCGUCAUCACGUCCGCUACUGCCUCCCCAUUAAACGAGGAAGAGCCUGCUAGAUUGAGGAUUUCGUACACCCCAGCUUUAGAGAGACCACCUCUGGAUCUCUAUGUAGUAGAAACUGACUACACCGUUUACGCCCUCCUCUUCUCCUGUACAGAAAUCUCCGAGUUCAUUAACAUCCAAAGAGCCUGGAUUCUAACAAGGAUCGCUGGAAUGCCGCCCCUAAACAUCUUAGCCCUGAAGUCCUACUUGGUGAGAUACGCUGUGGAGGUGAAAUACUUCCAGUCUUCUCACCAGGAAUAUUGUAGACACGACGUCCCUAUGAAUAUGAAACUUGUACGCUAAAGGUUUCAGUCAUAAAUACACGUAUUUAUUGAUAUUCA